AUGCCAAACGCCAUCAUCAGCUGGUUCAGGCGCCGACGCGUCGCAAGAAGCAAUAGAAAGCAACGAGCUGUCACAACGAGGCUGCUAAUAGAAGCUCCCCCAAUCCCGCCUCACCCAAAGCUGCCCACUCAGCGCAGAGGGCGUCUCACUCCCACUGCCUCUCACGAGAGCCUCAUCGCCGCCUCCAAUGCCGCCACCGCAAACAGCUCCUUCUUCACCAAGCUGCCCAUCGAGAUCCGGCGCAAGAUCCUGAUAGAAGCCUUUGGCGGCCAGACGGUUCACAUGGAUCUCAUCUAUGACCACCCGCCGCAACCUGCAGAAGAGCAGACGGAAGAGACGCUGAGGAAAAAUGGGGGUCAGCGGCCACACGGAAACUUCAACGUCAACUUUCACCAUGGGAUCACAUGCGAUAGGAAGAACCUCAGGCUGGACGACUCGCAACCAAAGGAAUGGGCUUGGCGAAGCUCCGUCUGCCAUCGAAAUUCACCAGCCCAUUGUCAUCCCGGUCAAGGCGUCCAACCUGGGGAAGACUACUGUCGAUUCGGCCAGUCACCAUGGCAUAUAAGGUGUCUUGGCUGGCCUGGCGAGUUUCCAACGAAGUGCCAGAUAGGAGCGAUGGGAUGGCUCUGCAGCUGUCGCCAAGCAUACGUCGAGGGCAUUGAUGUCUUAUACUCUACCAACACAAUCCACACAGCCAGCAAGGAAAUGAUUCUCAGCCUCACCUCCAUCCUCCUCCCACAACGCCUCUCAAGCAUCACAUCAGUGGAGCUCCUGUGGGACUUUGCGCCGUUUCCCAGCAUCCACCCGGAAGUCGUCAAGCCGCCGCUCUCAGACAUGGCAAGCUUCCACGCAUUCCUCAACGCCAUCCCAUCCACGUUUCCCGCCGUAAGAAGGCUGCACAUCUCGCUGCAAGGACGCAUAUACCCGACGAAAACCGUCAACGGCUCCACCAGCUGGGAUAACAACAUCGAUAGGGUCGACGAAAUAUUACACCCAGUGGACGACUUCGUCUUGAAGCUCAAGCCUGACGUACGACGGGACUUUUCACUCGGCAUCCCAAGCUCGCUCUAUAGGAGUCAAAGAGACAGGGCCCUCAAGAACAAUGACCCGGUAGAGCAGGAUUACCGCGGUCAGCCUGAGCGACACUGGAGGCCACUCAAGGGCGCUGGCGAGAGUGUAGGGUACUGGGUCUGGCUGGGGAAUAAGGACUUGACCAUGCCGAUAAUCUGCACGAUGGGAGAAGGCGGCUAUCAUAGGAUUAUAGGAGAGGACAACUGGGUGUUUUACAGCUUUUAG